UCUAAAUUAUACAAUACUGCUCCACCCUUUAGCCAUUUACAUAUAUCUUUACUCAAGAAAGACAACAUUGAAUCCCCAAAUCGAAAUCCCCCAAGCCCAAGAUCUUCCACCGCGAUGGCCGAAGCCCAACAAGCUCAGUCCGAGACCGCAGCCACCGUCGCCGCCGAGAAAUACUCCAGCGUUUCCUUCAGCAUUUGGCCACCAACUGAGCGCACGCGGGAGGCCGUCAGGAACCGCCUGAUUGAGACCCUCUCGUCCCCUUCCAUUCUGUCCAAGAGGUACGGCACCGUUUCCAGGGAGGAAGCCGUCGAAGCUGCCAAACUCAUCGAGGAGGAGGCCUUCGAGGUGGCGGGAAAGGCCGCGACCACCGACGACGACGGGAUCGAGAUUUUGCAGGUUUAUUCCAAGGAAAUUAGCAAGCGAAUGCUGGAGAAAGUGAAGGCUAGAUCUGGCGACUCCCCGGCUGCUCCGGAGGCGACCCCAGCGAGUGAAGCGCCUAGUAAGGCGGAGGAGGAGGAUGCGGGGUCGACGGCGCCGCCCCAGAGCGAGAAAACCGAGUCUGUCGCCGGUGAUGAAUGAGUAACUGAAAAAAUAUUUACUCUUUUUCCCCUUUUUAAAUUUUGUAAUCUGGUUAGUGGAAUCUCCUUGGGAUGUUUUCAUUAUGUCGAGAUUUCCUUGGUAAAUUCUGCUAUAUGCGGAUCGCCUUAUGCUAAAUAUAAUUUUAAUUAGAUCCCUUGAAAACAAAAACUAUGCUUCUGUUAAAAGCUUGAGUCUACAUAUUUGCUUGCUAAUUAAAUUUCGGAUUGUUCUUUGUUGUAUCAGUGAAUUUUAUCUCUUCGGCUUGGCUGAUUUCUGAAGUUGAUUGACAGUUUGCUCAAUUAA